GCAGCCGCAGGAUGAGCGUCCUGGACGCUGCAGACACCGGAGCCGCCUGGCCAUUCACGGGGACGCGCCGCAGUGUCCCUGCAGCCCUGUGGACACACGCGCCGUACAGGCAGGACCUGGCCUGAGAACAGCCCUGUCUGGCCCGGAGUCCCGCCCUCGCUGCCCGGGGCCGAGAGAGGCCUCGGGCCUUCUCCUGCGUGGCCGGGGCAGAUGGGCAGGUCUGCAGAGCCGCCCCGUGGGGCCUGAGGGCUCGGCUGCGCGGCCGCCCCGGCCCGCCUCUUCUGGGCGCCCCACCAUGGACUCCCCGGCCUACAACUGCUUCGUGGACAGAGACAAGAUGGACGCGGCCAUCCAGGACCUGGGCCCCAAGGAGCUGAGCUGCACGGAGCCGCAGGAGCUGAAGCAGCUGGCCCGCCAGGGCCACUGGGCCCACAGCCACGCCCUGCGCGGCCAGGUGUACCAGCGGCUGAUCCGGGACAUCCCCUGCCGCACGGUCACGCCCGACGCCAGCGUGUACAGCGACAUCGUGGGCAAGAUCGUGGGCAAGCACAGCGGCGGCAGCCUGCCCCUGCCCGAGUUCGUGGACAGCACGCAGGUGCCCAGCUACUGCCUGAACGCGCGGGGCGAGGGCGCCGUGCGCAAGAUCCUGCUGUGCAUCGCCCACCAGUUCCCCGACGUGUCCUUCUGCCCCGCGCUGCCCGCCGUGGUGGCCCUGCUGCUGCACUACAGCAUCGACGAGGCCGAGUGCUUCGAGAAGGCCUGCCGCAUGCUGGCCUGCACCGACCCCGGCCGCAAGCUGGUGGACCAGAGCUUCCUGGCCUUCGAGUCCUCCUGCAUGACCUUCGGGGACCUGGCGAACAAGCACUGCCAGGCGGCGCACCGGCUGCUGGUGGCCGCGGCCGAGGACGUGCUGCAGGUGUACGCCGACUGGCAGCGCUGGCUCUUCGGGGAGCUGCCGCUCGGCCACCUCGCCCGCGUCUUCGACGUCUUCCUGGUGGAGGGCUACAAGGUGCUGUACCGCGUGGCCCUGGCCAUCCUCAAGUUCUUCCACAAGGCGCGGGCUGGACAGCCCCCGGGGGCGGACAGCGUGCGGCAGGACAUCCGCGCCUUCGUGAGGGACAUGGCCAGGACCGCGUCGCCCGAGAAGCUGCUGGAGAAGGCCUUCGCCAUCCGCCUCUUCUCCCGCAAGGAGAUCCAGCUCCUGCAGAUGGCCAACGAGAAGGCGCUGAAGCAGAAGGGCAUCACCGUCAAGCAGAAGAGUGUCUCAUGCUCUAAAAGGCAGUUCGUGCACUUGGCUGUGCACGCCGAGAACUUCCGCUCGGACGUGGUCAGCGUGAAGGAGAUGAGGGACAUCUGGUCGUGGGUCCCGGAGCGCUUCGCGCUCUGCCAGCCGCUCCUGCUCUUCUCCUCGCUGCAGCACGGCUACAGCCUGACCAGGUUCUACUUCCAGUGCGAGGGGCACGAGCCCACCCUCCUGCUCAUCAAGACCACGCAGAAGGAGGUGUGCGGGGCCUACCUGUCCACAGACUGGAGUGAGAGGAACAAGUUUGGGGGCAAACUGGGCUUCUUUGGGACCGGAGAAUGCUUCGUGUUCCGGCUGCAGCCCGAGGUGCAGCGCUACGAGUGGGUGGUCAUCAAGCACCCCGAGCUGAUCAAGCCAGCGCCCCCCGAGACCUCCUCCUCCGCGUGCGCUUCCCCGCCCAGCCAGUCCACGGCCUCCGACCUCAGCGACCGCCUCUCGCCCUUCCUGGCCGCCCGGCACUUCAACCUGCCCUCCAAGGCCGAGUCCAUGUUCAUGGCCGGGGCCAGCGACUGCCUCAUCAUAGGCGGAGGUGGCGGUCAGGCACUCUACCUGGACGGGGACCUGAACCGGGGCCGCACCGGCCACUGCGACACGUUCAACAACCAGCCUCUGUGCUCCGAGAACUUCCUCAUCGCCGCCGUGGAGGCCUGGGGCUUCCAGGACCCCGACAUCCAGUGACACUGGCGGCGGGGCCUGCCAGCUGGCGCCGCUCCCCCUCCCUGUGCGUCUGCGGGGCCUCCCUGGCCCCCCACCCCCACCACCCCUGCAGGCCGCCUGGAGAGCCUGACUGCCCCACCUCUGCCGCUUCUUCACCUGCCGCCACCCUGCACCCAGGACCGGGACAGAUGCCCAGCGCAGCGUGCCCACCUGGGCCGGCCCCUGCGCUGGGGCACCUUCACCUCGCCCGGCACAGCCGCACCCCCUGCGCCCCGCUCUGCCCUCUCCCCUCCCCGCCGGCCUGGCCUUCUCACCAGAGGCACCAGUGAGAGCUGCCGGCGGCCUUUUGGGCAGCUGCCCACCAUGCGUGUCCCCCUCAGCUGGUCCUGAGGGCCUAGCGCCCCAGGGAGGGGGAGCAGCAGACCCCAAGAGGCUGGCCGGAGCGUGGCACUUGGUGCCUCCUGCUGGGCCCAACCCGCUCCGGCUCCAGCCAGCAGACUGCCCGCCUGCACGCCGCCCCCACUCCACGCCGCCCCCCACUCCACGGUGUCCCCACUCCACGCCGCCCCCCACUCCACGCCGCCCC